UCAUUCUCCUAUUCUGGUUUUCCUCUGCUGUGAGACCAGCUCAGAGUUGGCAACCUCAGUGUAUUUUUGAAAUCACCAUAUCACACGUGUACGUCUUUGUACAGGGCGUGUCUUUGUUGCUUUCCUGUUUUUUUACUCCGUGUCUUGUUGAAGGAAAUACAUGACGUGCAACAAUAAGCUCCUUAGGCAGUUGCAGCUUCUUCUCAGAUGCACAUUACUCAUCACGCUGAACACACUUCUGUCACAGCCACCUGAAGAUGGGCUCCAGUCUCCAAUUUCAGAAGAGGCUCUCAAGAUUUGUUUUUCUAUCAAGCAGGGAUGAACUGCAGUCACAGAGAAUCUAAUAAACCAUGGAGGAUUGGUUUUCAACAGUAUCUAAGAGGCCCGAUUCGUUUUAAAUUCAAUUUUGAACGUAGCAUCGUUACUGUCAAUCUGAAAUAUGCCAAUGAGUUGAUGAAUUUCAACUCAAGCAUAUAUGCACAGUAUGUUUGGUAAAGGUGGUAGAAAUUCCGAGGUGGAUCGUGGUUGACAUUUUUAUAUUUGUAUUUAGAAACAGUUUUCCUGUUGGAAAUCCUCCAUUACAAAAUGUGCAUGCAUAAUAAUUUGGAGCAUGGUUUGCAAUUUCAAUGAAAUUUUUUCAAGGACUAUUACAAAAAAACAGAUUAUCUGGAUGAGAUGUCAAAUUGUGUGACUGAGUGCAUCAGGCUGCCGUUAAUAUAGCUCCACCAUUAUGUAAAUUAGCCCUUUUCCCCUGAGUGCACCUUCACCAUUUAGAGCUUUCAUUCGCAGAAAUGUUUUAUGGGAGAACUCACACACACGUGCACACACACGCACGCACGUUUCAAUCAUUGUUUUGUGUGUGUUCCUCGUGACAAACACACAUUUGUGAUGACAUGUUGAUUUAGUUCAACUAAUCACAUGCACAGUUAUGCAUGCACAGCCCACCCCCUGACACAAAUACACACACACAAACGCACACACACCAAGGUUAUUCACUGUUUUUUAGGUCCAUGCUAAUUAAGGUCUCCUGCACUGUGGUUUGGGGUGAGUGAGUGAGUGAGUGAGUGAGUGAGUGAGUGAGUGAGUGAGUGAGUGAGUGAGUGAGUGAGUGAGUGAGUGAGUGAGUGAGUGAGUGAGUGAGUGAGUGAGUGCAGCAACACCAGCUGCUUGUUUCUAAUGAAAGCCUUGUGAUCAGUGCUCCUCUCUUCAGAUGAAGUAUUUAAUUCCUGAAUGAGGGCAGAUGAAGAUGGACACAGUCCAUCUAUCAACAGGCGUCCUCUUGACGGUGUGGAGAUGACAUGACCGCGUUCGAGAGGAAGAAGGGGAAGGACCUACGAGGUCAGCAAGUGUUACUGCGUCCGGAGGAGAGUUCUGCUCCUAGCCUGACAAGCAGACAGUCCACCACGUUUUCUGAACAGGUCCAGGAUGCUCUGCUGCAGCUGGCAGCCGUUGUCGAUGUGCGCUCGCUGCGAGUGGCCCUUCGAGAUGGCGUACAGACGCUGUUACCCCACACGGAGUGUGUAUGUGUGUACACACUAGAUGGAAACUCAAGGUUGCUGUCGGACGACCCGCCGCACGAGCUGCCACAGGAGGGCAAGAUCAGGAGUGUUGUCGAGCAGCUGAAGCGAUGUCAAUGUGCCGGCUUUCCCUCAUCGGAAGUGCCCGAAAAAUACAAAACUUCUCUUGCAGCCCCACUAAAGGCACACCAAAGAGCUGUUGUUAUUCCUAUCUUGGAUCAAGAGCGGACCAAGGCCAUCGCUGUCUUACUGGUGGGCUGUAGUCCUCUCUCCGAUCAAGAUGAAGCGCAUCUUAGCACGCUGGAGAAACAUGCCUCGGUGGCAUGCGUCCGUGUCCAUCUGGUUCAGGCGUCCUACCAGAGGCCCCCACUCAGCCCCUCUCCCAUUCAAUCCCACAAUGCACUGCUGCACCUCAAUGUCUCGGACCAGGACUACAGCGAGUUGGACCGCAACAUCCUCCAACUUUGUGGUGAGCUUUAUGACCUUGACGCAGCGUCUCUCCAGCUCAAAGUCAUCAAUUAUCUGCAGCAGCAGACUCGGUCACAAUGUUGUUGUCUGCUGUUAGUGUCUGAGGACAACCACCAGCUUUUUUGCCAGGUAGUCGGAGACAAAGUUUUGGAGGAGGAGAUCAGUUUCCCGCUGAUGUUUGGACGUUUCGGUCAGGUUGUCGAGAAGAAGAAGCCAAUUACGCUUCAAGACAUCAGUGCUGAGGAGCGUAGGCAGCUGUCCAGUAUGUUGGCCUGUGAGAUCUCCUCCAUGCUGUGCGUCCCCGUUGUGAGCAGGGCUACGGGCCAAGUGGUGGCUCUGGCGUGCGCCUUCAACAAGCAGGGUGGACAGAGACACACGGAGGCGGACGAGCACGCCAUCCAACACUGUUUCUGCUACACUUCAACGGUCCUCACCUCAACUUUGGCCUUCCAGAAGGAACAGAAACUGAAAGUAGAGUGCCAGGCACUCUUGCAAGUGGCCAAAAAUCUCUUCACACACUUGGAUGAUGUGUCAGUGCUCUUACAGGAAAUUAUAGUGGAGGCCAGGAACCUCAGCGAUGCAGAGAUCUGUUCGGUGUUCUUGCUGGAUCGCCAUAGCCACGAGUUAGUGGCCAAAGUGUUUGACGGUGGUGUGGUUAGUGAUGAAGAGAAGGAAUUCCGUAUCCCAGCAGAUCAGGGUAUUGCAGGCCAUGUGGCGACCACAGGUCAAAUCCUGAACAUUAAGGACGCCUACUCCCAUCCUCUUUUCUAUCGUGGUGUGGACGACAGUACCGGUUUCAGGACUCGCAACAUCCUCUGCUUCCCCAUCAAAGAUGAGAACGAUGAGGUGAUCGGGGUUGCUGAGUUGGUGAAUAAAAUGAACGGGCCGUGGUUCAACCGCUUUGAUGAGGAUUUGGCCACGGCUUUUUCCAUCUACUGUGGUAUUAGCAUUGCCCAUUCGUUGCUGUACAAGAAGGUCCAUGAAGCACAGUUCAGAUCUCACCUGGCCAAUGAAAUGAUGAAGUACCAUAUGAAGCUUUCAGAGGACGAGGUGUGUAAACUGCUGGUCGUCGGAAUUGAGCCGGUAAAGAAGAUCCAUCCUUGCUUUGCUGAGUUCACCUACACGCCGCGCUCGCUGCCUGAUGAGACCACACCGAUGUGUGUCCUCAGCAUGUUUGAAGACAUGGGUUUCAUCAACACGUACAAGAUCGACAGGCAGACUCUUGCCAGGUUUUGUUUAAUGGUCAAGAAAGGUUACAGGGACCCCCCCUACCACAAUUGGAUGCACGCAUUCUCUGUCUCCCACUUCUGCUACCUGCUCUACAAAAACCUUGGGCUGUCCAACUACCUCGAGGAUAUAGAGAUUUUAGCUCUCUUUGUCUCCUGUCUCUGCCAUGACCUGGAUCAUCGCGGGACCAACAAUUCAUUCCAAGUGGCCUCGCAAUCUGUGCUGGCUGCUCUCUACAGCUCAGAGGGAUCUGUGAUGGAGAGACAUCAUUUUGCACAGGCCAUUGCCAUUCUGAAUACUCAAGGCUGUAACAUUUUUGAGAAGUUCUCCAGAAAGGAUUACCAGCGCAUGCUCGACUUGAUGAGGGAAAUCAUUCUGGCUACAGACCUGGCUCAUCACCUUCGCAUAUUUAGAGACUUACAGAAGAUGGCUGAUGAUGGCUAUGAUCCUAAAAGCAGUACCCACCACUCCUUGCUGCUGUGCCUGCUGAUGACAUCAUGUGACCUGUCAGACCAAACCAAGGGCUGGAAAACCACUCGCAAGAUUGCUGAACUUAUCUAUAAAGAAUUCUUCUCUCAAGGAGAUCUGGAAAAAGCCAUGGGGAACAGGCCCAGUGAGAUGAUGGACAGAGAAAAAGCAUACAUCCCAGAACUACAGAUCAGCUUCAUGGAGCACAUCGCCAUGCCCAUUUACAAGCUGCUGUCUGAACUACUUCCUGGGGCCACUGAGCUCUACGAAAGAGUGGCGGCGAAUCGAGAGCAGUGGACCAAAGUGUCCCACAAGUUCACCAUCCGGGGGUUGCCUAGCAACAACAGCCUAGACUUCUUGGACCAGGAAUAUGAGCUACUGCAGUCCCAGGGCGCUUUCGGGAGCGACCACCUCUGCCUUAACGGCUGCCUUGACGAUUGUGAAGGGGGGCACGGACAGUGACACUAGUAGCCCAUCUUCAGGGUCAUGAAGUUGUUUUUUGUGGUCCAAUAAAGAGGCUGAGGACAGCUUUUAGUGGCCUGAGAGGGAGGAGGUCGGUCACUUUGAAGCUUAGCAGCCAUGCAGGACGGACAGAACAACAUUUCUAAAAAAAAAAAUCCAAUGAGACGAUCGAUCUGAAACGUCUGAAGUGGUUUUUGGUGAUCACAUGCUUCAUGUUGCUCAUGUGGUCAGUUCUUGAGCGCAAAAGUCGGUGCGGUGACAACUUGAAGGAGAUGUUUUACAAGUUCAUACGUGCAGUACUCAUCCUGAUUAAGAUUGUACAAACACAAUGACACACAUGAACGUAUGUCUUUACAGAAACCUUCGGGGGGGAUAUGUUGUCAUGCAAACAAAGUGCUUAUUAUUUGAGUGUCAUGUUCCAUGAUGGUGGAUAUUGAUUUGAAUCACUGAGCGUCGUUCGCACACAAGCGACUGCCAUCAAUUUAAGAAUGCUUGUGAAGUUUGUUUUUUUUACGUCACUAUUAAUUUAUUCAAAAUGACAACGCAGUCUAUGUUUCCAUUUAAUAGGAAUAUUUUUGUAUUGAAUAGUUAGAAUUAAACAAUAGAGCAUUUCAUUCCUACAUUGCCACAAAAAUCCACAAGGGCAAUUUGCUUUGACUUCUCAAGCCUUUGGGCAAAACAGGUUGACAAUCACACCCUGACUACGUCAUAGUACCAAAAAAAAAAAAUGAAAUUCAAACACUACCACAAUUUAUUUAAUAAUGUCUUCACCAUCACUUGCCAACUUUUUUCGUACUAUCCUCCCAAAAUCAAUAUAGAUGAUAAAGCCCUUUAAACGAUCCAUCCCACCUGUCGUGUAAAUGAGCCAUGCUGAGUGUGCUCCACCAAGUGUGUCAUAUGGAUCUGCCUUAUUGUGCAUCUUUGCUGCCUUUCUUAGAGCUUUUAAUAUAUACCAACUGAAACAUAACAGCCUGUUUAUUAUUGUGUAUUUGUUAUAGGCAUAGCUUGACUAUCAGUGUGCUGACUGAAGGACCACCACACUCAAGACAAUGUAGAUUUGUGAAAUAACCUUUGUAAAGACAGUUGUCAUUUCACCUGUUUUGGUUUCAAAUAUCAAGUCAUCAUUUGGCUGUUAUUACUGGUCAAGUGUUGUCAGUGAGGUUGAGAAAAAAAAAAAAAAAAAGGAAUCAGAGAUGUAGCCAUCGAUGAAAUUAUUCCCAAAGGAAAAGUUUUUUUUUUUUUUCCAGCUCUCAGAUUGUACCUCAUUUAGAAAUGUUGGGAGUUCUGUGUUAAAUGUUGCACCACUUUUACCUUGUUUUAAAUAGGAAAUGCUGCAGCUUUUGUGAAGCCAACCACUGAGUUACACAACAUAACUAUCUGUAAUGGAGAACACUGUAUGUGGGCUGCGUGCGUGUGUGUGUGUGUGCGUGCGUGGAUGGAUGGAAGAGAGUUCAUGACCAAAUGAGUGCAUAAAAUUGUGACUGUGUGGGUAGGAGGGAAAGAGAGAUUCCAAUUAAGCUAGUGCAGUCUUUUCAACGCAUUAGAGAUGACAUGUUACCGAUAAUGCCAGCGGGGUGGAGGAAAGUAUAGAAUAAUCCAAUCAGGGUGUGUGCAUGUACUGUUUGUCUCAUGUGUCAUGGGCAGUAUGUGUGUGUGUGGUAUGAGUUGACUGCCCUGGUUAGAGUUUUCUACUAAGAUGUUUUCAAAGGGCAUAUAUUACAUGUGUUAACAGUUUUUUUUUUCCUCCCACUCGAGUUUUCUUUUAAAUUGUUCCAUACCAUGUAAGCUCAUCUGAAACAUCUGCCUUUUUCAUGUGCAAUAUGAAAUGUCUGCCUGAGUGAAAAUGUAAAUUCCCUCGUCUCUUGUUAAUUUAUUUCCUGAGGUUUGAGCUGGCUGAGGCUUUUGAGGUCAGGGUGAGUGAAGUGUGACUGUUUUAAUGGUAGAAUGCCUCGGAAAGUUCAGAUCUCAACUUUUGAGUGUGUAUCUGUCAUUGUGUCGCUUUUACAAGUCAGGGCUAUUUGUGCCAGGUGAAGAAUUUCUUGGCCGAGCUUCAGCGUCAAACGUGAACUUAUUUCUUCAUUGUCUAAUUAUAUAGUUAAUGACGUGGGCUAUUGUUAAAUGUUUUUGUUUUUCUGCUACAUGUUUGUCAGCCUUGAAAUGUUCCCCUUCGAUGUUUGAAGCCAAUCUUUGUCUCCAUUACAAAGCACCAGGAUUCUAACUUGCGAAAAGGCCAUCGCAAUACUCAUCUGUGACUUACAGUGGCAAAAAUAUUUCUGUAAAUAGGAAGGGGUCAAGAAGCAUAUGUUACAAUGUAUAUCAUUCUAACAAUGGGAAAUAUUUUCUAUGUAAUUAAAAGUGCUUUUUUUGAGUUCUUUCCCCUCCAAACAACUUUCAAGAGACACGAGGAAAAACGUGUAUUCUGAAUUUCUAAUGAUGCAGCACAAACAGAAACUCAAACUAAUCUGACACUGUUAUAAAAGAUGCUUUCACGAAGCAAAAUACUGUCAUUUGUUUCUUUUCUUUUUUUGCUGUUUUGUUGAGUCUGAGAGCUUGACUUUCAAUGAACAAUGAUAUACUUGGGAUGGGCGGCAAAUGGAUGACUUAGUUCAUUUGUGGAAUAAAUGUGAUGAAAGGUGUUAACA